AUGCGUUCACAUUUAAUUCAAGUGACUACCAGAAUAGCAGUUCUUGGGAAAUCAGGGCGCAUAUCAUGCGCACGCCAGUUGUUCGAUGAAAUGCCUCAAAGGGACACAGUUGCAUGGAACGCAAUGCUCACUGGAUAUUGCCAUCUGGGCCUUCACCAAGACGCUCUAUCGUUGCUCCAAUGCAUGAGAAUCAGCAAUGUCAAGCCCGAUCACUUCACGUUCGCUACGGCAUUGAGUGUGUGUGCGGGGAAGGAUCUACAGUUUGGGCAAAAACUCCAUGCACUCGUCACUGUUUCGGGGUACAAUUCAUCGUUGCCUAUAAAUAACGCUCUUAUUGAUAUGUAUGGGAAGUGCUCAACUGUGGAGAAUGCGAAUAGAGUGUUCGAAGAGAUGAGUUUUAGGAAUGAAGUUUCAUGGUGCUCUUUAUUGUUUGCUUACGUAAAUGUUCGAGUUUUUGAUGUUGCUAAUAGUAUUUUGUGUGCUAUGCCGAAAAGGGUUGUUAUAGCCUGGAAUACUAUGAUUGCUGGUUAUUCAAAAAUGGGCAGGAUGGAAUUUUGUAUGGAUUUGUUUAAGAAGAUGUUGGAGGAUCUAUGCAGCCCAGACAAAUGGACUUUGAGUGCCCUCAUGAAUGCUUGUGCUGAAACAAGUGAAUGUUGUUAUGGUUGUAUGGUGCAUGGUUUCAUUAUUCGAAGUGGCUGGAAUUCCGCUGUGGAGGUUAGCAAUUCAGUUGUUAGUUUCUACUCAAGCUUUGGAGAUGAAAAUGGUGUUUUGAAGGCAGUCGAGAGCAUUGAAAUAUUGAGUCAGGUGUCUUGGAAUGUGAUUAUCGAUGCUCAAAUGAAGAUAGGCAAUAUUGACGAAGCGUGUCUUGCUUUUCAGCAAGCGCCUGAGAAGAAUUUUGUUUCUUGGACAUCUAUGAUCGCUGGAUAUGCAAGACAUGGACAUGCGGAACAUUCUAUUAUGUUUUUCAUUGAUAUGAUGAGAGGCGGACUUUUGCCUGAUGAUUUUACAUUUGGAGCCGUUUUACAUGCUUGCUCUAACAUGGCAAUGUUGGGACACGGUAGAAUGGUCCAUUGUUGCGCAAUUCAAUUCGGUUUCUACGCUUAUGCUUAUGUUGGCAAUGGCUUGGUGAACAUGUAUGCUAAAUGUGGGGACAUAGAAGGUUCGUGCAUGGCCUUUAGCGAUGUUUAUGAGAAGGAUUUGAUCUCAUGGAAUACGAAGUUAUUUGCAUUGGGAUUGCAUGGACACUGUAGCCAAGCUCUUCAGAUUCUCGAAGAAAUGGUAGCUUAUGGAAUGAAACCAGAUAAAGUCACCUUCAUAGGCCUGUUGAUGACUUGUAGUCAUUUAGGCCUUAUAGAGAAAGGCCUUGUUCUUUUUGAAUCAAUGAGCUCCAAGUACAAACUCUAUCCUGAAACUGACCACGUGGCUUGUAUAGUAGAUAUGUUAGCUCGAGGUGGAAAGUUGGAAGAAGCAAGAGAGUUAGCAAAUAUGUAUCUAGGAAAAAACAGUGUGGAGGUCAGCUCAGUCGAGGCUCUUCUUGGAUCAUAUUCCACUCAAGGCGACAUAACAGGAACAGAGUUGGGGGAACAGCUGCAGAAUUUGAAACCUUACAAUGAGAUGAGUUAUGUCGUGUUGUCAAACUUGUAUAGUGCAAGUGGGCAGUGGAAAGAAGCAGAGAUUGUGAGGAGAGUGAUGGCAGACCAAGGCGUCAAGAAAAUGCCGGGUUGUAGUUGGAUAGAAGUAAGAAACGAGGUGACAGCAUUUGUGGCCGGAAGACUUCAAUCCUCGUUCAUGGACGAGGUAUACAAGAUGCUACAUGUUCUUGAAUCUGAGAUAAGGUAUCCUUGGUUUAUUCAUUUCUGGGACGGGAUUACUUGA